AUGUCUGAAUCUUCACCAGGAUCUGGUUAUGAGGAGAAAACAGUGGAAGGAAAACGGUUAUGCACUGACUGCCUCCACAAGGUUCAGCAUGACCUAUCACUGUGCAGCCACAUGACAUGCGGGCAGGGCUUACAAAGUAAGUUCCAGAGGCCUUAGUGGUAAGAAAAGAGGCCAGGCUUUGCCCUGUGGAGGAAGUUAUUUCCAACCCCUGAACUACACCUCCUAAGUUGCAAACUUAUGGAUCAUAGGUGGACACAGACCUGUCCAAAAUGUUACGCCUACCAUUGCAGGAGGUCAGCCAGCUGUGGCUUCUGCUGUUGUUUCUACAAACAUGAAAUAUGUGAUUAAAGAUCUAAAGGCUACUAUGGAGAGAGAUAUUAAAAGCCAAGAUUGAAGAGGCAGUCUGACUUCUUCACAGAAACUUCCCUAGAUGUAACUAGGAUAUUCACUGGAUCAAAUGGUUUUAUCUAUAGCAGCUAAGAAAGCAUUAUGGUUAUGUUUCUGGGAUGAUGACUCAUCCUCCAAGUCUGCCCUCUGCACCAUUCUAUUUGAAGGGGUGGUGCUGUUUGGGAAAACUUUGGAUAAUUCCAUUGAAAAGGCGAAUGAGGGCUGCAAGAUAUUUGUACCUUAGGACGGAAGUUCCAAGGAUCCCAGCUCCUCAUAGUCUGACCAGAGAAGCUCCAGUGACCAGUAUUUCUGAGGUACAUGGAGCUAGUGACCCUGCAGGGAAUACUCCAGAGGUAACUCAUGGCAGUUGGUAAACCUGCCUUUCAAGGUUCUAAUGGAGCUAUUAAGCAGUUGUUUUGCUCUUCAGCAAUGAACAUGUCUCCUCCAGUACCAGGAGCCUAAUUUUUCUGAUCACAUACCUGGGCUCGUCAUACUCUGGAGGCUUGAGUGGUAUCCAUAGUCCAGAUUGAUAUAGACUGGAGUUUUUUCUUCAGGCACAGGAGUCUCCAUACCAACAGGAGUAUUAAGACCAAUGAAUCAAAUGGUAAAGCACUGAAGGAAGAAGCCUUCUGGACGAAGAGGUGAUUUUUGUUUUUAGGUCCCAGAACAAGAGCAGUUCCAGGGACAAGUUAUGCCUCUCUUCUGGUACUAAGAGGAAAAGCACAUGGAAGCCUACACUGGACCUAAAAGGGGGCCAGUAAGAGGCUGAAUGUCAGUCAUCGGGAUGGAGUCAAUCAGAUCCAUAUCUCAAGCAAUUUGGAAGGAUAAUUUCCUUAUCUCUAUAUAUCUCAAGGAUGCUUACUAUCAGUCCAAUCUGCAGAGAUCUUUGGCAUUAGUUCGGAAGAGAACUUCCAAGUUAGUGCCUUACCAUUUGGCCUCAAUGCGGCCCCAAGAAUCUUUAUAUGUGCUUAUAGUGAUAUUGAGAGUCCAGAACACCAUCUGGUUCCAUUAUCUGGAGGAUCUACUUCUGAUAGCCUUAGACCCUCAGAAGGCAGGCACACAGAGGAAUAUAGUUCUUUCAGAACUCCUAAAGUUUGGCUGCUUGAUGAAUAUCAAGAAAAGCAGUUUCACACCAGCUCAGUGGUUGACAUUCCCGAGUGGAAAAUUCUAUGUUCUGCUUUUCCCUAUCUCAGGAACAGUUCCACAGAUUGUGAAGGUUUUCUCUCCCAGUUUCUUCAUUUCUGCUUGGUAACAAUCCUGGCUUCCACCAGCAGACUUGUCAGAUGGGCCCAAUGGCAUCUCUGGAUUCCUCACAGAUCCUUCCUAUCUUGGUUUAACAAGAGAAAGAUUAUUGGAGCAGCCACUGACUUUGUCCCCAUCAGUGGAGUUACACCUUACCUGGUAGCUGAAAAGGGAGAAUAG